AUGUCAUCAGUCUCUCCUAAUAAAACAAAUAAGAAAAAGAAUUGGUUCUUUUCAUUGAUAUCAUUUUAUGUAUAUAUAAAACUAUUCCACUCUGUUAAUAUCUAUCUAUCUAUCUAUCUAUCUAUCUAUCUAUCUAUUUGUUUCUAUUCAUGUCUAUCUAUCUAUCCCAGUCUGUUCAUAUCUAUCCCAAUCUUUUUUGCCAACCAUUUACACAAGCUUCUUCUUCUUCUUCUACUUCUUCUUCUUUUUUCUUCUUCUUCUUCUUCUUUUUUCUCUUCUUCAUCUUCUUCUUCUUCUUCUUCUUCUUUUUUCUUCUUCUUCUUCUUUUUUCUCUUCUUCAUCUUCUUCUUCUUCUUCUUCUUCUUCUUCUCUUUUCUCUUCUUCUUCUUCUUCUUCUCUUUUCUCUUCUUCUUUUUUUCUCUUCUGCUUCUUAUUCUUCUUCUUUUUUCUCUUCUUCUUCUUCUUCCUUUUUCUUGCUCUACUAUAUGCCUUAUUUCUUCAGGAUAUCUCUGGCUCUCUCUGUUCUCUCUUCUUUAA